GGAUCCGCGGAAGAGGAAUGCCUACUGAUUCCGGAGGAAGAGGCGGAACUCCGGCUGAUCCUCGUGGGGAAAUCCGGCGGCGGGAAAAGCGCCACGGGGAACACCAUCCUCGGCCGGGAGGCCUUCAAGUCCCUCCUGGAAGGAAAGGCCACCACCCUGCGGUGCCAGAAAGGAGAGGGGACGUGGCAGGACCGGAAGAUCUCCGUCGUCGACACUCCCGACCUUUUCCACCGCAAAACCUACAAUGUGGGCAUGCGGCGGGAGAUCGCGGCGUGCGCCGAGCUCUCCCGGCCCGGCCCCCAUGCCCUGAUUUUGGUCACCCAGGUGGGGCGCUUCAUCGACAAAGAUGACGCCGCCGUUCAGCGGGUCCGGGAGAUCUUUGGGGCCCGCUCGGCCAAGCACACCAUCGUCCUCUUCACCUGCGUGGAGGAUUUGGCCGGGAACCCGCUUCAGGAGUACGUCCGGCAAUCCGACAACUGGAGUCUGCGGCGACUGAUCAGGCAGUGCGGGAACCGCUUCUGCGGGUUCAACAACCGGGCCCAGGGCGACGAGCGAGAGAGGCAGGUCGCGGAGCUGAUGGCAAUGGUGCAGGGCGUCGUUGCGGCGAACCGGGGGCGAUACUACGCCGGCGGGUUGUACAAACUGUGCACCAUCCAGGACGCGCAGCUCCUAGCGUUCCUGAACCAGAGCCAAACGGGCGAAGAAAUGUCGGCCUCCGGAUCCCGGGGCUGUCCUGAAACAUUUGAGGAAAUGUUGGCCUCCGAAUCCCGGGGUUGUCCGAAAUGGGUGUCAAAGGGAAAGAUCAUCGCGGUUUUUGGCGUCGUACUGGCCAUUGUGAUCACGAUUAUUCUCUGUGUCCAGUUUUGGUGA